AUGCCCGCGUGCUUCGACGACUUGUUUGGCGGAAAGAGACUCGACGUGAAAAUCUCCGCAAUAGAUGACGUGGCAGCCCGAGACACUUCAGCAGCCGCCCAGAUAUGGCUCCACCCUGCAGCGAUGACGGCUGAUGACGUGGCCGCGGGCGACAUGGUCGCGGUGGUGUGCAGCGAUUCCCAUUCCGCGCAGCCAAUCCCGCCGCUCCAGUUGGCACAGGAGGCUCUACAGCUGGCAACGCCUGAUUGGACGCAGCAUCCUGAUUGGCCGGCAAUCGCCGCCCGAUUACCCGGGCUGUACUGCGCGUUGGCCACCGUGUGGCCGGCGCCGAAGAUUCCCAAAUCCUGCUGCCGCCUCUCUUGGCAGCUAGCGGACAGCCUAGGCCGCCCGGAGGAAAGCACGCGCCUUUAUGUCUUCACUCUCAAGGCCGGACGGCAACAGAAUCUGAGCCUAAGUUCCCCACAAGCGCAUGGUGAACAGGCGGUCGUGCAGCCAAUCCCAUGCAGACAGCUGGCGCUGACGUGGCUGGAGCCGCUAGAUUGCAGUGCUGGUGCUGAUGGGGACAGGUCAGGAGCAGCAGGAGGGGAGGGAGAAGGAACGGAAUCAGGAGCAGGAGGAGCAUCGCAGAAAACUCCCAUACAGGGAGUAACAGGAGUAGCAACACAGGCAGCACCAGGAUCAGCAGCAGGAACAGCAGCAACCUCGCUCACCUCUCCUGUACCCUCGCCCUCCCCCUCCCCUUCCCCCUCCCCUUCCCCUUCCCCUUCUCCCAGUACCCCCUCCAAUAUUGCACGGCGCCUCGAGCCUAGAACGCCGGGCAGUGUGAAAAAUGUGUCGACUCCAGGUAGCGCUGACAGAGGCGCGGGCACAGCAGCAAGUGCAGCAACAGAUGCAACAGCAGCAGCAGCGAGAAUCCCUCUGCCGCCGUUCCUACUCACUCCUGCGGCCACCCUUAUUGGAGCGAGGGAGAGGGAAGGAGAGAGUGGCAGCUGCAGUGGAGAAGAGAAGGAAGGGGAGAAGACGGAAAAGGAUGAGGAUGGGGAGGAAGGGAGGGGGGGAGGGGCAGCGGCGGUGGCAAGGCGGGUGGCGGGGGACUUGAGGGGAAUCACGUUGGGGUCGGUGGGAGGGUUGGAGGAACAGAAGAAGGCACUCAAGGAGGCUGUGCUGCUGCCCCUCCGUCACCCGGACCUCUUCCACAGGUACGGCAUCAAGCCGCCACGCGGGAUAUUAUUGCACGGGCCGCCCGGCACUGGCAAGACGUCGCUGGCUCGGGCAGUGGCGGCGGAGGCUGGGGCGGCGUUGUUUGUCAUUAAUGGGCCGGAGCUUGUGAGCGAGUUCUUUGGGGAGAGCGAGGAGGCUCUUAACGAGGUGUUCUCUGCCGCCCAGGAAGCAGCCCCUUCUAUUGUGUUCAUAGACGAGCUAGACGCCAUAGCCCCAGCGAGAACCCGUGAUGCAGAGGACCUCUCUCACCGCAUGGUGGCGGCUCUUCUCACCAUCCUUGAUGGCGCCUCCUCAAGCGGUGGAGAUGGGGGGGGGGGACAAGGCGAGGGAAGAGGGGGCGGAAGAGGAGAAGGGGAUGGAGGGGUGGGAGGGAAGGGAAGGAAGGCGGUGGCGUUGGGGAGAGGGGUGGUGGUGAUUGGGGCGACCAACCGAGUGAAUGCGAUCGAUCCCGCUCUCAGGCGACCGGGGAGGUUCGAUCGCGAGGUGGAGAUCGGCAUCCCCACUCCUUCCGACCGCCUCGCAAUCCUCAGCACCCAACUAUCCUGCAUGGCGCACGCGCUGCCGCCCGAGGCCGUCCACGUCAUCGCCAGCUCAGCAACGCACGGAUUCGUGGGCGCUGACAUCAGCGCGCUCUGCUCUGAAGCUGCCGUGGCAGCCCUGCGACGAAUCGUGGGGGAGAAGGAGAGGCAGGGAGGGGCAAGACAAGGGGAGGAGGACCAGGAGGAGGGUAGAGAGGAGGGUAGGGAAAAGGAGCAGGGCUGUUCUGCGGAUAGUGGGGUUGCAAGCGGUGCAGAAGGCUCGUGUGCGGUGCAGCUGGCGGUGUGCGAGGAGGACUUUGAAGUGGCCCGGCGACGCAUCCGGCCCAGCGCCCUCAGAGAGAUGGCAGUGGAGGUACCCACUGUGCCGUGGAGCAAUAUCGGAGGACUCGAAGGGAUCAAGCAGCGGUUGAAGGAGGCAGUGGAGUGGCCGUACACGCGUGCACAUGAGAUGAGAGCCAUUGGCGCCACCCCUCCGCGUGGGCUGCUGCUCUACGGACCCCCGGGCUGCAGCAAGACGCUCUUAGCUAAGGCAGUAGCAACAGAAGCAAGGCUCAACUUUCUUGCAGUCAAGGGUCCCGAGCUGUUAUCCAAGUGGGUGGGCGAGUCCGAACGAGCUGUCCGAACCUUGUUCUCCCGAGCCAAGGCAGCAGCUCCGGCGAUCGUGUUCUUUGAUGAGAUAGAUGGGCUGGCAGUGGCACGCAGCAAAGCAGGAGGAGGAGCAUCGGGAGGUGUUGGGGACAGAGUGAUGACUCAGCUGCUGCUGGAGAUGGAUGCCCUCACCCCAUCCACUCAAGUCACGGUGAUUGCAGCAACCAAUCGUCCAGACCUCUUAGACCGAGCCCUCCUGAGGCCCGGCCGCUUCGACCGCCUCCUUUUUGUCCCGCCGCCCGACCUUGCCGCCCGAGAGAAGAUAUUUGCGCUCUGCCUGCGCGGCACGCCGCUGCAUGCUGACGUGGACUCCUGCCAGCUCAGCUGCCAGCUGGCGGCAAGAAGCGAGGGGUACACGGGCGCUGACAUCACCGCAAUCUGCAGAGAGGCCAAGCUGGCAGCGCUGGAGGGGCAAGGACAGCGCAGAGCCAAGCCACAGCCAUCACUGGCAGUGGGUGGGGAUGAGCUGGCGGUGGAUGGGGAUGAGCGGGUGUACACUUAG